CUAGAGGGCGUAGUUCGGCUUUUGCAAGUAGCUAAAAGCAAAAUGGACUUCUUCACGGUCGUUCUCCUUUGUGCUGCUGUAAUCCAGUGUGAGGUAACUGCUACUACCUAUUCCCUGAAAGAUCCUUACCCCCUCCCCCACCGCUUUUCACCCGCCGGUCGCGUCGGAAGAAGGGACGCGACCUGUCAACCAAACAGCGAAGAUUAUGAACAGAAGACAGAGGCUCUCACGUGCCAAGAGGAGUACCUAAAGGCCGUAGAUGAAGAAAUACAGCAGAGCAACUGUAAAAAUACCCAGUACGUCGAUAACGACAACGAUUAUGAUGACGGGAAUUCGUCAGAGGUGACGUGCGACGGUCCGAGUGACGAGCGGGAAGGCGUGCCCAAUUGUUCGGAGACGUGUUCCCUGCGACAGUUUUACUACCUCUAUUGUACGUAUCUGGGGGAGCAGAACGCGGAGAUCGGCAGGGAAUGCGGCCAACCGUGGGAGGGGGCGGGUUUCUGCAGUUACGUCAACGUUCUUCUGGCGGUGGACUAGAGUGUAGCGAUGAAUGCAAGAGCGCCGUUGAGUCCUACAAAGAGUCGCUCGGUUGUUGCGUGGUCUACUGGCGUGGAGACAUUGGAAACGACGGACCGACGAUAUCGGACAUUUUCUCCGCGUGUGGUGAAGAGAUUCCAGGCGUCUGCACCAGUUUCACUCCACCGUCAGAGUUUCUGGAUUGCGCACACGAUCAAAGUACGGGCUCUACCGUGGGCAGUGCCAUGUCGACCAUGCUAGCGGGGCCGGCUAGCACUCUUUUCAUAUUAUUAUAUAGCGUCGUAUUGUCUGAGUUUUAAUUAA